UAGUGUUAUUUAUGUUUGUAUGAGUGAGUGAGAGAGAGAGAGAGAGAGAGAGAGAGAGAGAGAAUGGUGGAGAUAGUUGAAUCUUGCAUGGUUGUGCCGAGCGAGGCGACCCCAAAACACAAACUAUGGCUCUCCAACCUCGACAUUGUGGCCACGAGGGGACACGUGCCGACCCUUCACGUAUACCAGUCGACCACCGACUACUCCACCUUCUUCUGCGUCGAGACCGUAAAGGCGGCUCUCGCCAAGACGCUCGCUAUCUACUAUCCGCUCGCGGGAAAGCUCGCGGUCGACGAGAGCGGCCGAAUGGAGGUUCACUGCACCGGAGAGGGCGCGCUCUUCGUCGUGGCCAAGUCCGACGGCUACACGAUCGACGACGUCACCGACGUCGUGCCGACAGUCGAGAUGCGGAGGAUGUUCGUGCCCUCCGCCGCGUCUUCGGAGCCGCCGUGCAUCGUGCUCAUGGUCCAGGUUACAUUUCUGCGGUGCGGCGGGGUGAUAUUAGGCGUCGCCAACCACCACGGGGUCGCCGACGGCCGCUCCGCUUUCCAGUUCAUCAAAACAUGGUCGGCAGUCUGCCGCGGCCUCGACGCGCCGCCGUCGUCGCCGCCUCCGUCGUUCGACCGCACCAUCCUCUCCGCUCGCUCUCCGCCGUCGUCGGUCGGCCCCUACGAACACCCCGACUACGCCGUCCCGAACUCCUCCCCCGCCGCCGACGCCGACGCCAACGCCGAUGCCGCUCCUUUCGUCGUCGAGCUCUUCACGCUCUCCAAGGCCCAGCUCGACUCCCUCAAGCUCCGCUACGGCGGCGGCGGCAACCCCUCGAGCAUAUCCACCUUCCGCGCCGUCGCCACGCACGCGUGGCGGUGCGCGUGCAUCGCGCGCGCGCUCCGGCCCGGGGAGACGACCGAGCUCCACACUAUCGUGACCGUCUGCGACCGCCUGAAUCCGCCGCUGCCGCCGCACUUCUUCGGGAACGCGACCGUGCGCGUCAAAGUGUCAGCGCCAGCUGAAGAGCUCAUAUCGAACCCUAGUAAAUCCGGAGCCGAGCAGAUCCGGAGCGUGAUCAAUCAGGUGGACGACGAGUACGUGAGAUCGGUUAUCGAUCGCGCAGCGGUGACGGGCGCGUCGGGCCAUCAGAAGAAGGGCAGCAGCAGUCAUCAGCUCCGGCAGACCGACCUGCGGCUGGCGAGCUGGCUGGGCCUGCCGAUCUACGACGCGGAUUUCGGGUGGGGGGAGCCGAGAUGCGUCUUGCGGGCGCAUGUGUUCGGCAGUGGCCACGGAUAUAUGGUGAGGAGGCGCGGAAAAGAUGGCGGGGUCGGGUUGACAAUGGCGCUGGAGCCGGAGAACAUGGAGAAGUUCAAGCAGUUGUUCUACGAGGAGGUCGAAAUUAAUUAAUUAGAAGUUGAUUUGAUUAGGCUUUAAUUCCAUCUAAUUUGUGCUGGAGCUAGCUAGCUAGUGAGUGAUCUUUUAUUAAGAGUGAAUUAAUUAGGUUAUUUCCUUUUGUUGCGUUAAUUAAUUACUAUGUACUAAUGGUCUCUUCUACGUUGAGUAAAUCAUGUGGUGAGUGUACGUGCGUACGUGCAUCAUCAUGUUUGAUUA